CUUCCUCCUGACGAAUCUGCAGAAGGUCAAUAGUAGCCUAUCGCGACUUCAGGGUGCCUGUGCCAGUCUCCUCGCGCCAGGUCACACGCAGGCUUUUUAUCAUCUCACAUCAUGACGAAAGCCUACUUCUUGACAUUCAACAUUCACCCACACUGAACCAGAAACUAUCACCAUGACAAGGGACCAGAAUGGAACCUGGGAGAUGGAGAGUAAUGACAACUUUGAAGGCUACAUGAAAGCCCUAGAUAUUGAUUUUGCCACCCGCAAGAUCGCAGUACGUCUGACUCAGACAAAGAUCAUUGAUCAAAAUGGCGAUAACUUCAAGACAAAAACCAACAGCACAUUCCGCAACUAUGACCUGGAUUUCACCGUUGGAGUGGAGUUUGAGGAACACACAAAGGGCCUGGACAAUCGGACUGUUAAGACGCUGAUCACCUGGGAAGGCGAUGUCCUGGUAUGCGUGCAGAAGGGGGAGAAGGAGAACCGCGGCUGGAGGCAGUGGGUUGAGGGGGACAAGCUGCACCUGGAGCUGACCUGCGGUGACCAGGUGUGCCAUCAAGUGUUCAAGAAGAAGUAAUGGCCCACGAGGGGGCCUGCUGAGCACGUGCUCCACACUUCCCACAUGAGUUCUCUGUGGGCUUAGGGAAGCAGCCAUGGGGUCCCUCCCCUCCUAACAGAGCCCAGUAAGGCAUCUGGAUGGGGUUUUAAAACAGAAUGAGUGUGUUAACAGUUGACAAACAUAUACUUCCUUCGCUGAAACCUGGCAUUAAAUGAAAAAACAAAAAUCA